AUGAGUCCAACUAAAGUAUUGAAAAAUCUAAGCAUUGAACUAUUAUUUAAUCUGCCACCGAAUAAUAACCCAAUCACUUUAACAAUAGUGAUUAAAAAAGAUCAAUUGUUGUUGGAUAUAGUAAGACAUUUUAUGAUGGAAAAGAAUAUACCGUGUUAUUUAGAAGUGUCAAUUUUAUCCACUAUUGAAGCUUUAAUGCUAGCAAGCUUACAUAAAGAUAUGGAAAAAGACGUUGAACUCAACGAAAACAAGGCAUAUAAGAUUCGAUCCGAACUUGUAGCAAAAUACCAAAAACACACGGCUCGUUAUAAUGAUGCUCCAUCAGAAGAUAUAUUUCCUAGGGCUUAUCAUACAUUAGUUCAUUCUCCAGUUUCGUCAAUAUUUGAUACAUUUUUACAAUUGGAAAGCAAUUAUAAACAAGCGAUAAAAGAAUUAAAUAUUGCAAGGGAAAGAGAUAAGUCGCUCAUUGAUGACAGACAUAAAAUAGAAGUUGAAGCGUUUGAACCUGGAAGCCAAGCUGAUGGUGGAAAAACCAAAGUAAUAGAAAGACAAGUUGAGGAAAUUGAAUUUCUUCAAGCAACUUCGACGUCAGAAUUAGAAGCAAUUCAAAGAUCACAGAAACAAGAGUAUUGUAAUUUUGUGUUGAUAUUAUAUGAAGCACAUCAACGUUUGUUUUCACAACAAGCUAUUAGAUUAGAUGGUAGAGAGAUUGUAUCAGAAGUUAUAAAUGAAAUGAAAACUGAAUGUAAAUUAUCAAAAGAAUUGUUAAGUUUAGAUUAUCAAUAUACAAAUGGUAGCAGGUCCGCUGAAAGCAGAAGUAGACAUGGAAGUAUUAGUAGUUUGGCAGAAAUUAUGCUUCACUCUCCUUCUCCUAUACCAUCUACCAGCAAUGUUGAUGAAAAAUCAAAUGUUAAUGGCAAUAACAAUGAAGAUAUUACUAAGAUCAAAGAUAUGGGCUUCACCGAUGAAGAAGCUAAAGUAGCUUUCGAGAUGGGCAACGGAAACAUGCAAGAAGCAAUUAUGUUAUUACUAGAUAACAAGGGGAAAGUAGAUGCGCAAAUAGCAAAUGGAGGUAUGAUAAAUGCAAUCCCGAUUCCACGACGUCCUUCAAUGAUUGGUCAAUCACAACAAAUGUCAUCACCUCCGCAUCGCCGUUCAAGAUCACAUAGUAAACAAUUGCAGUUGACGAUUCAGAAACAAGAAAAAAAAGGAACUUGGUCACCAAUUACAUUCCUUCAACAACAAAAAAAUAAUAUGAUGACCUCUCAAAAUAAUUCUUCUCUUAGAAAAUUAGGUGGAUUUAUUAAUAAAGCUAUGGAAAAUUUUGGAUUUGAAGAAGGAAAUGUGAAUGGGAAUCAUAUGCAAUUAGAAGAUCCUCGUUUAGUUGAAUCGUUUACUAUAUCACUCGGAAAUCAAGUUAAGGUUACUCAUAAUCUUAGAUUACUGGUUUCGGAUAUGGAUGAUUUGCUUAAAUCUUCUAAUGAUAUUGCUCGUGAUAUGGCUUAUAGAGCUCAAACCGCUGCUAGUUUAUAUUCUCAAGAUUUAACUGCAAUCAUUUUAUUAUUAACUCCAAAAGAUUGGCCAAUGUAUAAGUUGGGAAAAAGUGCUAACAAAGAAUUUUUUAAGAGAUGUAAGGAAUCUACAGAGCUUCAUUUUGAUAAUGUUGAGAAUCAAUUAGAAGUCAUUGAAAAUGAUUAUUCGCUCGAUGAUUCAAAUGGUCCUUCUUUGCAAGAGGGUGACUUCUUUAUCACACGACAUUCCAAUCUACCUUUGGUCCAUGUUGUAUUUCACUUGGUGAUUGAUUUUGAAUCAAUCCAAAAAUCCGAAUUAACGCACCGUUCACGUGUAAUUUCCGGAUUACGCAAUAUACUUCGGACAGUAAACAGAUUUGAUAUCUCAAAAAUAUCGCUACCGUUCUUAUUAUUACCAUCACAUGUUGAUGUGUUUUCUGAUCAAAAUUUAGAUGAAAAAGUACUUUAUCGCAGGGGUGAAUUAGUAUUAAAAUGUACCAAAGGUUUUAUGAUGGAAAAUAGUAGAUUACCAAAACAUGUUACAGCGAAAGAGAAUGAUACCAAGACCGUUUCAUUUCUGUUACCAAAGACUGCCAAUGAUCAACAAUUUCAUGAAUUUAGACUAUUGUUAACAAGUACUUUUAAGGCAAGUUAA